AUGCUUUCUGCAUUUUCAUUCUCAUCGAACAAGCCCUAUCUAUUCCGCCGCGCCGUGAAGCAAACAGAUUCGGCAUUCAUCGAACAAGCCCUAUCUAUUCCGCCGCGCCGUGAAGCAAACAGAUUCGGCAUACCGUGCCGUCUAUCCAAGAUAUUCGAUAUCAUAAUGGCAAAUCCCGUUGGGCCUGAUAAAGAGUUUUUGAAACUAGGUCUUGGAACCCGUUAUUUUGGAAUCGAUUUUGAAACCCUAGAACCUAUAAGUCCUCGGCCUCGGCGUUAUGGAUCUGAACGCGAUGAUUUAGACCUUGACAUAUUGAAACGCAAAAAACCCAAAAUAGAAGAGGCUCAAGUCAUUACGACACCACCACGGAAGCUAGAAAAAGCUGAGCUUGACAAGAUUAAUGCUCAACUUAGAAAGGAAUUCCAAUUUUUUGGUCAAGAUAUCUUGCGGAAGGCGGGCCUUCUUCCCGGAGAAUCAGCAGAAGAAUCAGAACAAUCAGAACAAGAACCAGGAUCCCUUUCCAUUUUUCAGGAGACUUUCAAGACUUUCAAGACUUUCAAGUAG